GUGUUACCCAUCGAGCCACAGCUGAUGCAUUAGACUAAAAUGUGUGCUGAGAAGAUAUUAGGAGGGAUAACCAUGCAUGGAUGACUUAUAUGAGAAGAUAGGGAGGUGGUGUAGAGGUUUUAAAGGUGAGAAUUCCAGAGUAUGUGAACUAGAUGGCUGAUAGGGAUACACAACCUAGGUUUGUUAGUAUUGCUUGUGCCCCUACUAGCUUAACAUCAUCUGACGGUCAAACACACCAUGUGCCCAGUGUGUUUGGCUGUAUGACUUACUGGAUACACUUGUUUUGCCAUUGAGGGAGCAGGCUGUAUUUUUGUUCAUAAAUCAAGUUUAAAUUGUUUUGUUAAAUGUGGCAGUGUUUUGGAAGGAUUAUUUCUGAUUAAAUGGUUGAACUCUGCUUUCUUAUUCAUUGGUAGUUGGGUUGUCAUGGGAAUAGUGGGUGGAUUAACAGUCUCUUGAGAGGUUAUUUAUUGUAAGGUAGAAUUUGACUGUGGGACAAUGGAGGGGCAGAACUCUAUAAAGCUGCUGAAGAAUGCACUAAUCUGAGAUAAAUCUCCUCAGCAGCUGCAGUUUUGCUGGAUUGACCUUCCAUGUUCAGAUAUCAGAGGGAGUGGGACACAAUGGAAGCUGCAAGAACUUAUGGUGUAUGGAGCCAAAAUCCGAGCCCCACAUGCUCUAGUGAUGACGUUUCUGUUCAGAAGUGGAAGUCUAUUAGACAAACUGAAAGCCAUCGCACAAGCUACAUACACUCAUUCCCGAAACCUGGCCAUAUUCGUCUUCCUGUACAAGGGACUGCUGGCAGCACAGCAAUGGCUGCAGGGUGAGAAAGCACAGUUCCACUCGUUCUUCGCAGCUUGUGUGGGGGCUUGGUUUGUGUUUGGAGACAACAAUCCCAUCAAGAGCCAGAUAAACAUGUACUUGUUGUCGCGAAUUCUCUUCGCUCUUUCGCGACUGGCUGUUGAAAAAGGUUACUUUCCUGAGACAAAGCGAGACCCUUUCCCGCUGUUCGCCAUGUUGGUGUGGGGUGUUGUCAUGUGGCUGUUUGAGCACCAUCCACACACGCUGCAACCAUCGCUCCAAUCUUCCAUGACCUACCUCUAUGAAGACAGCAAUGUCUGGCACGACAUAUCGGACUUUCUCAUUUAUAAUAAAAAGAGCACUGGAGGAUUCCUGCACAACAAAGGCAGUACCUUAGAGCUAGCUGAGCCUGGGAACCCACACCACAGAACAUCCCAAACCUAGAUUUCAAGAAAUUGGGCCUCCGAACUUAAAAGCUGGAUCCCAAUGCAUGGGAAAAAAAGCAACUUUGGACAGACCCAAAUGAAGAAGUCUCUGCCAUCCAGCUAUUUUGACAUUUGAGGAGAACUGAUUCAAGUGCCUCCAGGACAAGUAAAGCCAAUGCCUCCAUCCAUCCUUCCAACACUGACUUCAUGUGCAAUAUUUGCAAUCGUUAUGCAGUUUGAAUCUUGCCCUAACAUCACACAUGAGACAACAUCAACAUAGACUGUAAGUUAGUCUUUUUCUUUUGCUGAACACUUAUCCCUCAAAGUCAUGGGAGAAUCCCAUCACUCUAAGUAUGGUCUCACCAGCUCCCUAUACUGUUAUAGCAAUUCUUCCCUACUUUUAUAUUACGGCCCUCCAUGUUGUGUUCUCAGCUGUUGUCUAAACCAUAAAACAUCUACACGCCCUGACAAAAGGUUGAGGAAGAUUUUUAUAUCUUGCCUGUUGCUUGGUUUCAGUGGUGUGCGCACACCACCCUGCCUCAAUCAGUGAACCGACAGCUAGGCUGUACGAAAGUGAAAGAUGAUUGGAGCUGCUGUUGCUGAACUUUAUACCAGAUAACGCAGUAUUCUUUCCAAGGGCUCAGCCUAGCAACAGCCAAGUAGGUUUUUAUUGGCAAGCAAUGAUAUCGAACAGCUGAGCUAUAUCAGCUGUGAAUGUGGCUUGUGGGUGCUGUGAUCAGUUGUUAAUCGUAGAAGCAUCAUAGAAUUUUAUAGCACAGCAGGAGGCUUUUUGGCCCAUUGUACCCUGUGCUGGCUCUUUGAAGGAGCUGGCCAAUUUAGACCCAUACUGUAGCUUUCUCCCUAUAACCCUGCAAAAUUGAUCCCCGUCAAGUCUAUGUCUAAUUGCCUUUUGAAAUUUCCUAUGGAAUUUGCUUCCAGCACCCUAACUUUAUAUUUUUAAAAUCUGGUGGAUUUUUAAAUAAUUUUGUGGAAAAUUGUUGGAUAUGAAUGAUGUCAUUGGGAGAUUGUUCCUAACAGCCUGACAAAUAAUUAGCAAGUGGUUAUGUGUGUUUAAGCAGCCAAAGGCAGUUCCACAAGAAAAGGAGUCAAGAUUCGAGACCCCCUCGCACCCCACCCCGGCUUUGCCAUCCUGCACCAGGUGGAGUCACUGGACUCCCACUGGCUGGGGUGGAAGGGGAAACAUUUAAGACAGAGGAGCUGGAGGGUGUGAGUACUGGGCUAAAUAAGUCUCUGCACCCUGCCAACACCCCCAUCCCAUUAGAAAGUUACAGAUAAACCCACAACUGGAGCAGCCAUGACCAGCUGAAAAAUCCUGUCUGCAAGUUCCACACAUGUAAACCUGGCUUCUUAUUUCUGGCAAUGAGUGGUGACUUGUCGGGUGUAGCUGGCUCAUGUUUGCAUUGGUCACCUUGCCAAAACUGAAGUGAGAUGUUCGGAAUGCUAUCUAACAUGAAACAAGUGCCCAUUAGACACAAUAAAACUGUUCUUAAUUUACUAAAUGCUAGUUUAAAGGAAUGUUCUUGUAUUGAAGGCUGAGUUCCUAACCUAACUGUGAAACUCCAUAUAGGAAUGAAAUCUAUCCGCUUGCAGCUUGAACUCUUUUACUUAAAGAUCUUUAAUAAAAUGUACAUUUCAAAGCUGGAUUGUUUGUAUUAACUUUCCAAUCAACUUCAAUACUUGGUGGGUGAUGCGAUGAUGGUAUGAAUACCCUUGCUAAUAAACUUGAUGAAAAUA